AUCAUGUAUUAUGUCUAUCUGUUGUUGUGCGCUGUGGGGUCAAUUUUCUAUGCCAUUUGGUAUAGCUACUUCGCGAGAAACCCGCUGGAUAACAUUUCUGGGCCCCCUCGCCAGCAUUGGUGGACAGGUAACUUGAGUCAGGUUUUUGCGCGGUAUUCAUGGGAUUUCCAUGAUAUGCUCGCAGAACGCCACGGUCCAGUAUCGAAGUUCUAUGGGAUUUUUGGGGCAAGGCAUUUGUAUGUGUUUGAUCCAAAGGCCAUGUACCACAUCAUGGUCAAAGAUCAGCACAAUUUUGAAGCAGCCCCUUCUUUUUUAGCGACAAGCAAAGUUCUUUUCGGGGACGGCCUUCUCGCAACGUCGGGCGAGCACCAUCGAAAGCAGCGUAAGCUGCUCAACCCUGUCUUUUCUCUCAGUCACGUGCGAGACAUGGUACCUACUUUCAUUAAAGUGACGACAUGCCUCCGAGACGGCAUUGCAGCGGAAGUAGAGCAUGGACCUCGUGAAAUCAAUAUGUUGGAAUGGCUCAAUCGCACCGCUCUUGAACUUGUAGGGCAGAGCGGACUGGGGUACUCUUUUGACUGUCUGAAAGAAGGUGAUGUCAAUCCAUAUAGCAUCGCCGUCAAGAAUCUCCUGCCAUCGAUAUAUAAAUUGUCUGUCGUGAGGCAGUUCCUCCCACUCCUUAUCAAUGUCGGUACUCCUAACCUCAGGAGAUUCGUCGUAAAGAUAUUUCCAUGGAAGGCAGUGAAAGAGAUCAGCGAUAUUGUUGACGUCAUGCACAAGACAUCGAUGGAAGUCUUCGAGGAAAAGAAGCGUGCAAUUUCUGAGGGAGACGACGCGGUAUUGCACCAGGUUGGAGAAGGCAAAGAUAUCAUGAGCAUACUGCUUCGGGCCAACAUGGAUGCCUCAGCGGAAGAUCGUCUUCCGGAUUCAGAGCUUGUGGCUCAGAUGAGCACGCUUGUUUUUGCUGCAACGCAUACGACUGCAGGUGCCCUGUGUCGCACGCUUUUGACUCUUGCUCAUCAGCAAGAUGCACAAGACAGACUGCGCAAGGAGAUUCAACAGGUAAUGGCUGAACCUAGCGAGCUUGACUACGAUGCCCUGGCCAAUCUUCCCUACCUCGAUGCAGUAUGUAGAGAGACACUGCGCUUGUACCCUCCAGCUACCUUCGCAAUGCGUGUUGCCCGUGAAGAUAUAGUCCUCCCCUUCUCGCGUCCCGUCAAAGGGAAUGAUGGGACAUAUAUGCGCGAGGUCCUUGUGCCCAAAAACACGAAUGUUAUGAUGUCGAUCCUGAACUCCAAUCGAGACCCUGAAAUCUGGGGGGACGACGUGCUUCAGUGGAAACCAGAAAGAUGGCUGUCUCCACUUCCAAAAAGUGUUAUUGAUGCCGAGAUUCCAGGGGUUUACUCUCACCUAAUGACAUUCAUUGGCGGCGGAAGAGCGUGCAUUGGAUUUAAGUUUUCAGAACUAGAGAUGAAGGUUGUACUUUACAUGCUCGUCCGGACAUUCAAGUUCACUGCCACGCAAGAGAUCGAGUGGACCGCGCAGGUGUCAUCUCCGAAUGUCAAAGGUUCUGGGUCCAAGUGGCAGAUGCCGCUCCGAGUCGAGAUGAUAGCAACCUGAUGCGUAUGGCGCUGGAUAGUAUGUCGCCGAGAAAAUCUUUCGUCGUGGAAAUAAAGCAAAGGGUCCUACGUUCUCGGUCUCGACUCACUGGAUCAUCUGGCGUUUCAACCAAGUACAUGAUGUGUUAUAGUUUCUUUAAAGAAUCAAUUAUGUAAUUCCACGUGAACUCAUCUUAUUU